AUGUUGACUGUUCCGACUACCGAAAACAAAAAUGCUCACUGCCCAGACACUAUUAAUGUUUAUACUUCAACACCGACAAACCAGGCACACGUUGCUGCCGAUGGCAGUGCAAUUAUAGUGCGUGUCAAAGAUUGCGGAAACCAGGCCGCCAUCGUAUCUGUAUUAGCGAUUACCAGUCCGUUAAAGCCACCUCACGUCCUGGCAUUAACCAAAUUUGCCUGUCCUCUACACUUCUCCUCGCAGGCCCUUGUUUACGGAUAUUUUACGACUGUCAAAGAAAUAAUGUAUCCAGCCAACUGGUGUGUCGAGUCCGACAACUUCAAUUGGCGAUUUUUCCGCUGGCUGUUCGAAGCGGAAUCUUAUCUACAGUCAAUUCUCUUUAGUGUCAGCGCUUUCCAAGAUAUCCUGUCUUUCAAGCCUACCAAGGGUUUGAGCUCAUCCAGCACUGCCAUCGAGUUCUCCUCAGAGACACGCUGUUACUUGGGGAAUACUAUUAGUCUCUUGAACAAGCAACUGCAAGAUUGUCAUAUGCAACUCCACGACAGCACUGUGGCAGUGGUUAUAAGCCUCGCCAUGAUAGCUGAUGCAAUGGGCGACACUAAUGCUUGCAAGACGCAUAUUAAAGGGUUAAACCAGAUGAUACGUGCGAGGGGCGGUUUGGGCGCGAUUAGAAGUAACGGGCACGUACAAAUGAAGAUCUGCCGCAUUGACUUAGGGUGGUCCCUCAAAACUGGCUGUCGCUCUACUUUCUUCAACGGCGACUUAUCGUGGGACUCAUGUUUCGUCAAAGUUAUUCCCGAGGAAACAUAUUCACAACCAAAUAUAUCCUCAACGAUCGCGCAUAUGCUACGUGGUAAUAUUAGCCAUAAGCUUUUCACUGUUUUCAUUGACAUGCAGAGAUUUUCUCUGCUAGUUAAUACGUUCGUCAGCUCACAAAACAAGCUCAAGCAAGAGCUUUUCCAAGAGGCCAUGAUUUCUAUUCAAUACCGCCUCUUAUUCCUCCGAUACCGCCUUGAUACGCAACUCUUGGAUGAAACCGUCCGUAUUAGUCUCCUUGCUUACCAGGCUUCUAUCUUUUUAUAUAUCCCUGGAAGUAGCUCUCGGUAUGAGUUUUUGGAAAGCCAAUAUCACUCAAUCAUUCAAGAGAUGGACGAUUCGACGACAGAAGCAGUUAACUUCAAACUUUGGAUGCUCUUUGUGGGAGCUUUCAUUUUCCAUGAUGCGACCAAUCAAUUACUCUACUCGAUAAUUGCGAAUUUAACUAUAGGUUCUAGUUGGACGUCAGUUCGCACUCGGCUAAAAGAUAUUAUGUGGAUUGAUGUUAUCCACGAUGACCGAGGCAAAGAGAUUUUUCAAGCUUCUUCUGGAGCUGCCAGAAGUCAUAGUGCGAUGUAUAAAUAA